AUGGAUGUUCUGGUGUCUGCGGACGUUGAUGGUUUGGUGUGUACUGCGCGAGAGUUGCUGUUGAACUCCGUCGCCUAUUCCUCUCUCCUCUCUCGUCCCUCGGGAUCGUCUCGCAAGGCGAUCCCAGAGGCGAUCCCAGAGGCGAUCCCAGGGACGAUCCCGGGGGCAGUCCCAGAGGCGAUCCCAGAGGCGAUCCCGGGGACGAUCCCGGGGACGAUCCCGGGGGCGAUCCCAGAGGCGAUCCCAGAGGCGAUCCCCAAGAGGACAGUGAAGAGCGAAGGCUUUUGGAGCGUCUUUGGGCGCCGAGCAAAGGAGAGUCUUCAUUUGUUUUCGUUUGAAGAUGCAGCACUUGUUGCUGCUGCUAUGCAUGCACAUAACAGAGACACAGGGUUCUUCGUCGCCGUGGCGCCGUCUUUCGGUUCCCUUGCGGUUUCCCCCAAGCGCAGCGGCACUCAGCGUCGGCUGCAGCAGCAGCAGCAGCAGCAGCAGCAGCAGCAGCAGCAGCAGAAGCAUGCAGGGAAGGCAGCAGCAGCAGCAGCACGAGCCUCUGCAGCAGCAGGAGUGACACCUGCGAGCGCAGCAGUUGCAGCAGCAGUUGCAGCAGCAGCAGCAAACGAGCGACUUUCAGUUGGGAGAAGUUUGUUUAUUUUAUUUGGGCUCCUAGCAACGCGAGUUAAGCCUUUAGAUGCUUAUCCCGAGGUGUAUGUACACCUCAACGCGCACCUACCGAGAGUUCUUUAUCAGCUCUCAGGGAGCGAAGUGCUGCGGAUACUGGAAGCAGCGACUAUGAGACCGCGGCAGCAGCAGCUGCUGCUGCAGCCGGACCACCUGAUAGUGCAGCAGCAGCAGCAGCAACAGCAACAGCUGCAGUUGCUGGGCCGCCUUGUUUGGCGGAAGAUCGCAGCGUCUGUCCCUUCAUUGGAACCCGCAGAACUAAGCAGGGCAGUCGCUGGGUUUAACGGCUGCGGCCUUCGUUUUCCUCUCCUACUCAAACAAAUAGAAAGCAGGGCGCUGGAGUUGCACGCAAGCUUCUCAGUUGCUGAUGUCCUGGAGUUGCUUCGGGGGUUUGCUGCUGCUGCCUUUGACUGCGAGGCUUUGCUGCAGACAUUUGAGCCGUUGCUGCUGCAGCACGUCGGUUCUCUGACGAGGAAGGAGGCGCAACUGCUGCAGCAUCUGCUGGAAGCAGCAGAUGAACUCAAAUUAAAACCCCUCAAGGCAGCCCUUGCUGCACAUCAACGCCCACAGGUGACUGUGCUGGCGACGGCACCUUCGAAUGUUGUUGCUGCUGAGCCUUCUGCUGCUGAGCUUAUAAGCGGUCAGCAGCAGCAGCAGCAGCAGCAGCAACAGCAGCAGCAGUAG